AACGCUGUGAAAACACGCUGUGAAGGAAACAAGUAAUAUUUGCUGUAAACGGUACUGAAAAGAGUGCUGAAUGUAAGCCAGGGCUCUGAGCUGGGACGGCCCUGGAUUUUUUUUUUUAAUCAUUAAUUUUGUUGUUCUUGUUGUUGUUGUUUUAUUCCCCUGUCCCAGCUCAGCACACGCCUCUCUGCUGGCUUUGGCUCGGGACCUUUCGUGACUUUGCUCAGCAAGAAGGGCGUCGGGUGCGUUUUUCAGAAAUCACAGCAAUAAGUGGACACAAAGGAAGUGCAGGCUGAUUUGGGACGCUGCCUACGCGGUGGCUUCUGAGGACUCAGUCAGAUUCCGAGAAGCGCCAAGAUAGCAGUGGAUCCAUGGAGGGAUUGCGUUUCGGCUUUCCAGAGGAGGAAUGAAGCGCUGUCUCAUCCCAUUUUUGAUGUGCUGGAUGGUGGGAGAACUGUCACUGUACGGACGAAUGCAGGUGACUAAUGAAAGCGGAACCUGAGUGUUUUCCUCGGACAAAGACCUGCAGCAGCAGGACAUGUACUCACAGCCCAGGUGGAUCUGACGAAGAGACGCGUUUUUAUUCGACGGAGACGAAUAAAAUAAAAGCCCACAUUCUGUGAUGCAUUUCAUUGUAUGUUAUUUCUGCAUGUAUUUCUAUCCUAAUAAAAAACAGGCUUGGUGUGCCAGAACAGCCCCAAGUAGUACUUUAAGUAUUUUGAUAGGAGGAAAUUUAUGGACUGCGGACAAACAAUUUAACAUCCUUUCCUUCUGAAACCCAGCAUCCCUGCCAAACUUUAAUUUAUUCAAUAGGCCUUUUAUUUAUUGCGUCCUAUAUACGACCAUGCCCGACGGUCAGUCCGCAGCUCAAGCGCUCUACGUGUGCAUGGAGGUGCUGAUCGCCGUGUCCUCAGUGAUCGGAAACGUGAUGGUGAUUUGGGCGGUGAAAAUAAACAGGUCACUGAGAGACACAACUUUCUGGUUCAUUGUGUCUCUGGCUGUGGCUGAUAUCGCAGUAGGAGCUCUCGUCAUCCCGCUCGCUAUCACCAUCAGCAUCGGACUCCAGACUCACUUCUACAGCUGCCUGCUGGUGGCGUGCACAGUGCUGGUGCUCACUCAGAGCUCCAUCCUCGCCCUGCUCGCCAUCGCCAUUGACCGAUACCUCAGGAUAAAGAUCCCGACCAGUUACAAGCGAGUGGUCACUCCAAGACGAGUGGGAUUAGCAGUGGUCGCAUGCUGGGCAGUAGCCUUCAUAGUUGGCAUGACUCCGAUGCUCGGCUGGAACAAGUUACACAACCUCCAGCAACAAAACGGGUCACUCAACAGUGACAACAUCACCUGCCAGUUUGAAAACGUCAUCAGUAUGGAAUACAUGGUUUACUUCAAUUUUUUCGGCUGGGUGCUGCCGCCACUGCUCCUUAUGCUUGGCAUCUACACGGAGAUCUUCUACAUGAUUCACAUGCAGUUGAACAAGAAGGUGAGCAUGAGCCACACUGACCCAAACAAGUACUACGACAAAGAACUGAAGCUGGCAAAGUCGCUUGCCCUUGUCCUCUUCCUGUUUGCCGUCAGUUGGCUCCCACUUCAUAUCCUGAACUGCAUCACACUCUUCUGCCCCAAGUGUGAGAAUCCCAAAUUGCUCCUCUACAUCGCCAUCUUACUCACUCAUGGCAACUCAGCAGUAAACCCUAUUGUCUAUGCUUUCCGCAUUAAAAAGUUUCGCACUGCAUUCCAAAGGAUCUGGAAGCAAUACUUCUGCUGUAAAGAGGCUCCUCCCAUCGAAAUGCACAUGAGUGAACGACUGGCUAACGAUCAUUACAUUCAUGCUCCUCAGCCUGUGCUUCCAGUAGAACACAAUAACGUUUAACUGGAACACCUGGGACCUACAGACCAGACUGGCAUUUGGCCAUAUGUGAUUGUAGAAUGAAUAUAAAUCAUAUGCUGACUGCAGUUGUCAGCUAAUUGAUAAAUUAAACAUUAUUGUUCCACUGGGAUGGGAAAUUUAGAUUAUGAAGAAAGCGAAUACAACAUGUACAGGAAAUCAAAAAUGUUUUAUACUUGUGAAAUGCUUACUGGGUGAUCAAAGGCAUGCAGUGUCAAACACACAAGGGAAGUAUCACACAAGUUAAAAAAAAAAAAACUACACUGGAUUAUUUGCACCACUGUUCUAUCCAAAAUGUGCAAUACACUCUGACAUGGUGUAUCAUCUCUUUAUUAAUUAGAAUUAUCUUUUUUUUUUCUGAGUACACUUAUAUGAAUGAAUGUGAAUGUUUACAGGAAAAAGUAGUUUGAUAUAUUGAACAUUUGAAGCACAUAUAUCAUAAGUGAAUGUUAGGAAUGAUAAGGGGAAAAUUGUAUAUGUAUAUUUCAAUUUAUUUAUAUAACCAUUUUAGCAAUAGCCACAAAGCAGCUUUAAAGAAAUCCUGAUAGGCUGAAGCCAAAAAGGCAUUCACAAGGAAAACCUCCAAAGAAUGUUAAGCCCAUUUCACACCAGACAUGACAUGGCAUGCACAGUAAGCUGCGAUGCUUUUCAGUUCACACCAGGUACAAUUUGUGCAAUUGACCAGAAGUGAUGUCUCAUGUAGGUGAAAUUUGGUGCAUUCUGUACUGAUCAUCAGAUUAUUAUGAACAUGAAGAGGCUCUUUACAGCUAGAGAUCACAUGCUUGGAUACCACAUACCGGUAGCAACGCCAUACUGGAGAGCAAGCCUUCAGGUAAACAGAACCCUCAACAAGGUCAAGCACACGUUUCAGCAGGUUAUAGUGUUUAAUAUCUUUAUUUUUCUAGAAGAAUUGUCAAUGUAGUUUUCUAAGUUUAGUUUCAGCUCAUAUUAACAGGGAAAAAAUGAUUUUAUCGCAAAGGCACUGACAUUUAAUGGAUGGCAUUUGGAUCUUCGCAGCCAAACAACAUGGCAACUUCACAAGGUAUGUACACACACACAAAAAAAAAAAAAACCUUGUAAAAACACUUAUUGUAAUUCUAACAGCUCAAACAGCCCCAUAAUAAAAGUUUUCAAGGUAUAUAGUUAUUUUUGUAAGGUUUGGCGACAUCUUGAAGAUGUAAACAUACAAUAUUACUGCAAUGAUAACACAAAGCUCAGCUUCCUUCCUCCUCUCAGUUUUUUCCCCCCUUAUCAGCUGUGUAUGUACUGUAUAUAUGUGAAAAAUAAAGGAUUCUAAUUUUAAAAACCGAACCGGUAAUUUUCUGUAACCAUGUGAUUUUUACAUGCAACAAAAUACACAAAUCAACAGACUUCACUUUUAUGAAGUUUAAAUCUCACUCUGUGUGAUAAUGCAUAUGCAGUCCUGACACAGAUAAACAAUCCCGUUGUCAUAGCAAUGUGAUUCUUUCCGUCUAAAAAGAUCAAUUUUGUCAGUCAAUAAAAACAAACAAAAGCAUGUUGCAUAAAAUGAUCAAUGACCCAUCGAUGCCCUGUAAUAAGUAUGUGUUAUCGUUGUGGUAAGUCGUUCAUUUAUAUCUUCAAGAUAGUCAAACCUUACAAAAACAACUAGAAAACUACAUUGACAAUCCUUCAAGAAAAGGAAAGUUAUUAAGCGCUAUAAACUGCUGAAACUUUUGUGCUUGACCUUGUCGAGGGUUUUCUUUACCUGAAAGCUUGCUCUCCAGUAUGGCGUUGCAAUGUGAUAUCUAAGCAUGUGAUCUCUAGCUGCAAAGAGCCUAUUGUCAUUGUAUAACGUAUUCACCCAAUGAGGUUUUCAUUCCUAGACAGAACUGUAAAAUAGGUUUGAACAAGGCAAAGGAAGCCGAGACUCAGGCAGACCUCAAUCUGCCAACCAGACACUGAACAAGUUCACUAGCAUUUAGUGAUGCACCAUGUAAAAUUACUGUACCAAUACCAAUACCUAAUACCAAUACCUAAUAAUGGAGGGGGGGGGGGAGUAUUUUGGUGAAGCAUUACUGAUGUAUUCAGAGUGCAAAUAUCUUGAAACUGACACGCAAAUUGAAAUAAACUCAUGCAUAAUGUCUUAGCAAUAGAUUGAUACAAAAGAGAACCAUAACUUUAACAUUUUCCCUUUAGCAUGUACUGGCUUUUCUCAGUUAAGCCUAAAAGAAUCUGUUUAAUUAAAACGAAAGGUAUAUUAUUUGUACCUUUAAAGGAAAUCCCUUUACAGUUAAUUUGUAAUCACUUAUACCUAGUAUAUUUAGCAUUUGAAUGUCCAUUCUAGUGCACUAUAUGUCGACAUGAAAUUUAGUGACAGAAAAAUAUUCAGCCAUAGUUAAAAUGAUCACUGAUCAGCCAGCAUAUUUCAACACUGGAGUAUCCUUCAGAUGGUCAGUGAACUUUUUCUAGACCUCAACUGCAAGAGUACCUGGUGACGCCGAUGCAGCAGGACUAGAAGUUGAAAUAUGGCUUAUGUGCUGUUGUGAUUAUUGGUUGAGAUAUACACAAUAAUAUAUGUGGCAUGUAUAUUUUGUAGUGUUAGCAAGGUAGCUAGCCACCCUCUGUAGGACACGAAACUUAGGUGUAUCAAAACAACAGCAAAUCUGUCCUGCACACUUAAGUGAAGAGCAAACUGGCGAGAAAUCUAUUUCGAUCAUGUACUCCUGCUCUAUACUUUAUUCAUUUUAUUUGAAAUCAUAAUCUGUACAUUAUGAUUAUGUGGCCUGUGGUUGUACAGCAAAUUGUUUUGCAGUAAUGACACUAAUUACACCAGAAUGGGGAACCUGAAUAAAUCGACCAUGCUGUUUAUUCACUGACUCCUUGUCUCAUGUCCUAUUUAUUAGAAAACAAUGUUAUAAUUAGCUCAUCUAAAAUGACACAUCUGGUAUUUUGUGUUAUAGGGGCAAGAUUGCAAGUAUCACCGCAAUGGUGCGUAAAUGUGGUUUGAUGUCUUGAAAGAAGGAAUAUUUGUGAGAAAAAAGGAAACCCCUCCCAUUCUGGUCAAUUACAGUAGGUAUACUGAAGCCUGUGAUGUGAGCAGAUCAGCUACAUGUAUUACAAUACAUUAUAAGGGCUACAAGUUUAACUGUGUAUUAUCUGAAACUAUUAAUGUGACUUUUUGUUUAUUAUGAUUCAGUGAAAGAUUUGUAUUUUCAGACAGCAUCAUUUGGUCAUUUGGCAUUAAUGCAACAUGUAUGAUAACUUUGUUCAUUGCAAGCAACAAAUUGCAGGUAUUAUCUUAGUUUAGAAAAACCAGUACUGUGCAAAAGUCAGUUCUGUGACAGUAAGCAUUUAUUUGUUUGUAAAAACACUAUGUGGCAUUAUGAUAAAUGUAAGAGAUGUUAAUUCAAUAAAGGCAACAUCACAGCAAUUUCUUGUAACUUUUUUAAAAGAAAAGAAAACCAAAAAAAUGGUAUUGUUUCUGAGUCCCCUUUGCUAUUCCAUAUAUUUGUUCAAAUCGACCACUAGUACAUCUUAUUCACUAUAAUAAGAUACUGUUUCUAAAUCACAUGUGCUGAUGGUAGGAUUUAACAAAUACUUUGUGUGGGUGUCUAGGUUAUAAAUAAGACUGCCUUGAAAAGAGGUUUAAAAACACUUUUAACUGAUUUAGAUUUGUGCAAUAGGCUAUCAAAGUAAUACUUCAAAAUGUCAUGUUUAAAUUGUGAUGAAAGCGGGUAUGUCAAAAACAGAAAAUGCAGUGAAACCAUAAAAAAACCCACCAGCUGAUUAAUGAUAGCGAAAGGUAAUUACUUCAAGGAAUGAAUAAAAGCUAGGCAAAUGCAUUCUAAGCAUCUGGCAAGUUCAUUCUUCAGCUGUGAGCAGACAUCUUAGUGAAAUUAUUUUGGAGGACAGGCAGAGCUAAGAAAUUUUCUGCAGAAAGGGCACCGGUUUGAUUCCCUAGACCAGCAGGAAUGGCUGAAGUGCCCUUGAGCAAGGCAUCUAACUCCCAACUGCUCCCCGGGUAUGUUGUAUGUCACUCUGGGUAAGAGCAUCUGCUAAAUGCCAUUAAUGUAAUCUAAUGCAAAGCAAAGGUUUAUGCAGAAUUAUUAGGCAGGUUAGAAGCUUGUGUAAGUUUUAGUGUAAGGCUGCAUGUCUGUAGGUUUGUAUGAAGCCCAUUGACAGCCCUGUCAUAGUUUGGAGUGUAUUUUAGCUAAUAAUGUAGAGGUUAAAAAAUUAAUAGAAUGAUGAAUGUUGAGAAAGGAAAUAUGUUUUUUGUUUCAGUAUAAUAUUCAUUUGGGACAACAAUAAAGUAAUAAAAGCUCUCACCAUAAUAAUGACUCCAUACUGCAAGCAAACUUAGGACCUACUUAUAGCAGUACAUCAGAUAAGGCAAUAAAAAAAGGUAAAACAACCUUCUGAUUUGGAAAUAAGCACUGAAAUAAUAUGAAUUUAACUCUAACAAAGAGGAGGGGGGACAACGCUGCAGUUUUUUCUUCAGGUUGCGAGAACAGUAAUUUAUAUUCUGGUAGGACACAAGAUUUAAAAAAAAAUCUGGAACAGGAUGUUACAAUCAGUAACCAGCAGAGAGAAAGAGAGAGAGAGGUACAUGUGCUGAAUAUCUGCAGGAAACAGUGGGAAAGGCACUUGAAGGACGCAUCAGCAAGUUCAGACUAUGAUCCUUCACUCUCAUGACUACAUACCUUUCCUUUUUACUCUCUCUGUAGUUACUGAAUACUUCAUAGUUGAUGCUUAGCAUAUUCUUUAUGAGGAAAAAUAAGAAAAAUUUAAGGUUAUAAGAUCUACAUGAUAGCAGGGUUACUGGUCAUUUCUUUGCCAAUUUUACACCCAUUUCAAUCAAGGUUCAAGGCUCCACUCCAAAACAGUACUCCUGUAUACACCAGGCUUGUAGUACUUGAGUCCAGGACUCACACUUGAGGCCAACUCAUGCCCUAAUUUUAAGGACUCGUGACUUAACUUGUACUUGAGCACUGAUGACUCGGACUUAGACUCAGACCCGUGCAUUAACUGUAUUCGGACUCGUAAAUUGGAGACGGGACUCAGAUUUUUCUUUAUUUUUUGUAACAUGCCAUAAUAAUUUGGCAUUAGAUACUUAUAAGUACAUUAAUUUUUAUACUAAUUUUGUGCAAGAGAAUGCAUGUUCACCUGUUCAUACGUCAUGUUCAGGAACAAACUAACGUUAAUGGUGCUAAAAUGCCUGGAGAGAAACCCCUAGGAUUGUCCACUUUGCUUAUACAGACUUCUCAUGCAGUGGGAAAAAAUGGACUGCUGUGUGUUCCAUAUGUAGAAGAACUAUCAAGGAAACGACGGGGACAACCUCAAACUUCAAUUGUCAUUUGGCAAGACUACACCUAGAGAAGAAAGUGACAUGCUGUGUUCAUUGUCCUGUUGAUAGUGCGGCUUGCUGAGUGAUGAACUAGCUUUUUAUCUGUAGCCUUUUAACUAAAAGAAGAAGAAGCUUUAUUGUCAUUGUACAAGAAUACAACAAAAUUCCGUUUGGCAGCAUCUCUCUUAUAGCAGCUACAUGUCACAGUCACAAGAAAAUAUAUUAAACAUAAAUAGUAAAAACAGUAAAGUGCAGAUAAAAUGUUAUAUACCAGUAUAAAUAGUCUGUAUUAAAGGUGCAGUCUGUAUUUGAGGUGCAAGAGUUAUUGUCCAUUGACUGGGAGGUAGUAGUGUAUGUGUGUGCGCGCGUGUGUGUGUGUGGGGGGGGUCAUGAUUCCUGAUUCCUGCACAAGUCUCUUCACAGCCAUGGGGAAGAAGCUGUUCUUCAAUCUGUUGGUGCGGGCUCUCAUGACUCUGAGUCUGCCAGAGGGAAGGUUGGAAAAUAGAGAGUGUCCUGGGUGGGCGGGGUCAUCCUGGAUCUUUGUGGCCCGUUGGAGGAGCCAGCUUGAGUAGAUCUCCUCUAGGCAUAGGAGUGGGGAGCCGAUGAUCCACUGAGCAGUCUUGAUGACCCACUGCAGUUGUUUCUUCUCGGACACAGUGCAGCUGGCAUACCACACCGUACAUCCGUAGGUCAGGACACUCUCUAUUGUGCAGUGAUAAAAGUUUUUCAGCAGAGGUGGAGGGAGUUUGUUCCUCUUCAGCGUUCUCAGGAAAAAGAGACGCUGCUGGGCCUUUUUAAUAAUGUGGGUGGUGUUCACAGUCCAGCUCAGGUCAUCUGAGAUGUGCAGUCUGAGAAACUUGAAGGUUUUGACCCGCUCCACUUCUUCGCCAUUGAUGCUCAGGCCUGAGUGUAGUGUGGUCCUUGUCUUCUGGAAGUCAAUGAUGAGUUCUUUUGUCUUCUUGGUGUUGAAGUUGAGGUGGUUGUUACUGCACCAGGCCGCCAGUGCUUGGACCUCCUCCCUGUAUGGUGCCUCGUCAUCAUUGUUGAUCAAUCCAACAAUGGUUGUAUCGUCUGCAAAUUUAAUGAGGGUGUUGGAGCCAUGGGUGGCGACACAGUCGUGAGUGUACAGCAUGUACAAGAUUGGACUCAGAACACAGCCCUAAGGAACACUGGUAUUGAGGACGAUGGUGGAGGAUGUGGAGGUGCCCAUCCUGACAUGCUGGGGUCUGUUAGUCAGGAAGUCCUUGAUCCACAGACAGAGGGAGGUUCCAAGUUGCAGUGUCUGCAGUUUGGUGAUCAGUCGGCUGGGGCUGAUGGAGUUACGUAAAUGCCAAACUGAAGUCAACAAACAGCAUCCUGAUGUAUGUUUUGGGACUUUCAAUGUGGCUGAGAGCGGUGUGGAGGGUGAUGGAGAUGGCAUCGUCUGUGGAUCUGUUGGACCUGUAGGCGAACUGAUGUUGGUCAAAGCCAGGUGGAAUAUGGGCCUUGACAUGCUGGAACACCAGUCUCUCCAUACAUUUCAUAAUCACCGGUGUCAGGGCCACAGGCCGGUAAUCAUUCAACCCUGUGAUGGCAGAGGAUUUGGGCACGGGGAUUAUGGUGGCAGUUUUCAGGCAGGUGGGGACUGUGGCUUGCUGCAGCGAACAAUUAAAGAUGUUAGUAAAUACAGCAGCAAGCUGAUGGGCACAUGAUUUCAGCACCCUCCCUGGUACUCCAUCCAGACCUGGUACUUUGCUGGUGUCGAUGCCUCGCAGGACUCGCAGUACCUGGUGUUGCUGGAUGGUGGGGGGCGGGUCAUGCUCUGAUGGUGUCAGCUGUGUGUCCUCUGCCUGUUUGCUGUCCUCUUCAAAGCAGGAGAAAAAGAUGUUAAGUUGGUCUGGAAGAGAAAUGUCAGUGGGGGAGGGGGUGUUGUGGCAUUGUUUGUAGUCUGUAAUGUUCUGGAUGCCUUUCCACAUGGAGCGGGGGUUGUUUUCCUUGAAAUUGGCCUCUAUCUGCUCUCUGUAUUUUGUUUUAGCAGCCUUGAUGCUUCUGUUCAGGUCCACUCUAGCCUUCCUGUAGGCCUCCCUCCCAGAUAGCAGAGGGACGUUGAAACGGCGCCGAUUCUUGGUCAGAAUGGUCGGUUUCCAUCGUAAGUCAGAAAAUCAAUGCUGAAACGGCGCCGUGAAACGUCGAUUUCUCCGCCGUCGGAGAAGGUCGAUUUAUCACUGCUGAAUCACCGUGGGUAAAGGUUGAUCUGUCGACCGUCAGAGAAGGUCGAAUAUACGAUGUUGAACCAUCGUCACUUUUGCCGGCCAGUUUUCAACAUUGGUAGGAUGAGCAACUAAUUGUUCAGAAUAUAAAUUCUGGCCCGUAGCCAGGGGGGAUUGGAGGGUUCGUUCGAUCCCCCCCCCGGACAUACGCCCCUCAAGAUUACUCAAGAUUUAUUCAUUUGUUCAUGUCCGAUGAAUAUACAUUGAUUCACAUUUAAAUUUACAAUAUCAAAUCCAGACUAAUCAAAAAAGAAAAGUAGACUAAGUGAGGACGAGUUAGAAAAAUGGGUUCAUUUCUCCUAUGUUUAUGUUUACACGUUUUGUUCAGACUGCUUUACACCCCAAUCCAGUGGGUGGCGGUAAUGCCCCAUUAGAUCCCUUUCACUGACGUCACCCGAAACCGGAAGUAAACAAACCCUGCGCCAUAUUGGAAGACCAACAAACUCGUGAUUAGGGGGAAAUAACGGCAGCGCGCGGUAUGUGAACCCACGAGGCACUUGGUUUAUCAAAAACCUACAAUGGUAAACUUUUGUGCUGUGUUAGGGUUCUAACAAAGCUGAUGGGAAAGGUGAAAAGAAGUCUUUCUACAGAAUACCAGCUGUGAUUGAGACAACAAGCAAACCAAGGAGCUUUCUGCCAGGAGACAGAGAGAGGAUUUAGCUGCUUUAUGCAGAGUGGAUCUGAAUACUUCAAGUCUAUUUUGUUACUGGUAAGUCACUAGGCUAGAGUGUUGUAGAACAUUUUUUUAAAUGUCUAAAUUAGAAGAUUUGAAGUGUGCUCGUGUAUUUGGGGGGUACGGGAGUAGGGGGCCAGAUGAAGUCCACCUUUGGGGAAAAAAGAUCCCCCCCCACAAUGCUGGCUACGGGCCUGAAAUUGCCACUGUUUGUCUUAUCCUGCUUACACAUAGAUACGAGUAAAUGAUAUAAGUAUAAGUGAUAAUGAUAAAUAAAUGAUAAAAAAAGAACAAAAACCAGUUUACUUUCUUA